AUUCUCUCAAAUGACGUAAGUAAUAUUUAGCGGUUGUUGACUGUCUUUGGUUUCUUGUUCUCGUUUGUUUGAAUUCUUCCUGUUUCCUGAAGAAUUUGUUGUAUAUGGCUUAGCCAAAUGGCGGGACAAGGAGUAAAUCAACCUAAUUUGUGCCAACAAGAUUUAUCGGAACUUGAUGUAACAAAACUCACAGCCCUGUCUCCUGAAGUUAUCAGUCGACAAGCAACUAUCAAUAUAGGUACAAUUGGCCAUGUGGCCCACGGAAAAUCUACAGUUGUGAAGGCCAUCUCCGGAGUGCAGACAGUGCGUUUCAAGAAUGAACUGGAACGAAAUAUCACCAUCAAGCUAGGCUACGCCAAUGCCAAGAUCUACAAGUGCGACAACGACAAGUGCCCGCGGCCCGCCAGCUACAUCUCCGGGGGCUCGUCCAAGGACGACUCGUUCCCCUGCCUGCGCCCGAACUGCAGCGGUCGCUUCCGCCUGGUGCGCCACGUGUCCUUCGUGGACUGCCCCGGCCACGACAUCCUCAUGGCCACCAUGCUGAACGGAGCGGCCGUCAUGGACGCUGCGUUGCUGCUCAUCGCGGGCAACGAGUCGUGUCCGCAGCCGCAGACAUCGGAGCACCUGGCGGCCAUCGAGAUCAUGAAGCUGAAGCACAUCCUGAUCCUGCAGAACAAGAUAGACCUGGUGAAGGAGGGCCAGGCCAAGGAACAGCACGAGCAGAUCCUCAAGUUUGUGCAAGGUACAGUAGCGGAGGGUGCCCCAGUGAUCCCCAUCUCGGCCCAGCUCAAGUACAACAUAGAGGUGCUUUGCGAGUACGUGACCAAGAAGAUACCCGUGCCGGUGCGAGACUUCGCUUCCUUGCCCCGCCUCAUCGUCAUCCGCUCCUUCGAUGUGAACAAGCCUGGCUGCGAGGUCGACGACCUGAAAGGGGGGGUGGCGGGCGGCAGCAUUCUUCGCGGUGUGCUCAAGGUUGGCAUGCAGAUAGAGGUGCGGCCAGGGCUGGUCUCCAAGGACAGCGACGGCAAGCUGGCUUGUCGCCCUAUUUUCUCCCGCAUAGUAUCCCUGUUUGCCGAGCAGAAUGAACUACAGUUUGCUGUACCAGGAGGACUCAUUGGUGUGGGCACCAAGAUUGAGCCGACGCUGUGUCGUGCGGACAGGCUGGUGGGACAGAUGUUGGGAGCCGUGGGUGCACUCCCUGACAUCUUCACGGAGCUGGAGAUAUCCUACUACCUGCUCAAGAGGCUGCUAGGUGUCCGCACCGAGGGUGACAAGAAAGGGGCCAAGGUGCAGAAGCUGUCCAAGAACGAGGUGCUUCUAGUGAACAUAGGGUCGUUGUCGACGGGCGGCCGUGUGCUCGCGACCAAGGCUGAUCUGGCCAAGAUCAGCCUCACCAAUCCCGUUUGCACAGAAAUUGGCGAGAAGAUUGCCCUCAGCCGUCGCGUUGAGAAGCACUGGAGGCUCAUUGGCUGGGGACAGAUCCGCGGAGGGGAGACCAUUGAGCCCAUAGUCGACAACAAGUAAGGCGCAAAACUCCGACUGCAAGUGACUGGUGUAUAUAGCAGCCAGACGUGUGAAGAUGCAGCACAGUGUUUUGUGUUGGUUUCUCAAUAAUAACUGGUUUGUGCAGAG